AUGCAAUCACAAAUUCACCUUUUUGUUUUCUUCAAGAUCAAUGUUUAUGAAUCAUUAUACAAAGAAGUAGGAGUGUUUGAAAGUGAGAAGAUAUUUAAUGGCUGGCUUCUAGUGGAUGUGAAACCAUUUAAAUUGUCAUUGAUGAAUGAAAUCAAGAAGUGGAGCUGGAUGUUUAAGGAACAUUUAUUAAACCAUGUGAUAACCAGUGCCAACAAGCUGGUUGAGUUUAUUCAGCUUACUGAAAAAGGACUGGCUAAUAAAGUUCAGGGGGAUGACUAUACUGCACUUGUUGAAAUAAUGAGUCACUUGAUGGCAAUUCGUGAUCGACCAUCCACAGACGAGCAGUUCAGGCAUUUAAAAGCAACAGCUGAACUCCUGCGUGAUUAUGGGCAGCACCUGCCUGGCCAAAUCUACUCUCAGCUAGAGGAAUUACCAGAGAGGUGGAAAAAUCUAAAAAAGACAGCCUUCAUUGUGAAGCACGAGGUCUCUCCUUUACAGUCCAAUGAAGUGUCUGUUAUCAGGAGAAAAUGUGUCCUUUUUGAGGUGAAGCAGCAUGAAUUCCGAAGUCGAUUUAAAAAUGAAAUUAUUUUUAAUUUCGAUGCAGAUGGGCCCUACAAACACCUGGAUAAGACCCACAAGAACAUAUCAAGACUUGAGGGUGAAAUGAAGAAACUGCAGGAGACUGCAGACCUGUUUGAAGUGAGCAUGCCAGAAUACAAACAGCUCCAACAGUGCCGCUUUGCUAUUAUUUUGCUCAAGUCAGUUUGGGACAUGGUGAUAUUUGUUCGGACAAGCAUUAAAGACUGGAUGAAAACUCCAUGGAAACAGAUAAAUGUCGAGCAAAUGGAUAUGGAACUGAGAAGAUUUGCCAAGGAGAUGAAGACAUUAGAUAAAGAGGUACGGACCUGGCAUGUCUAUUUAGGCUUGGAAUCCACUGUCAAAAACCUGUUAAUAUCAUUGAGAGCUGUAAAUGAGCUCCAGAACCCUGCAGUCCGGAAAAGGCAUUGGCUACAGCUUAUGAGCAAAACUGGGGUAAGGUUUUUAAUGAAUGAAGAGACUGUCCUUGGAGACCUACUGGCUCUUCAGCUUCACAGAGUUGAAGAUGAAGUAAAGAACAUUGUGGAUAAAGCAGUGAAAGAAAUGGCCAUAGAAAAGGUGUUGUCGGAGAUAAACCAUACUUGGAGCAUAAUGGAGUUCUCCUAUGAAAAGCACCCCACGGGAACGCCAUUAUUAAAAUCAGAUGAGAACCUGAUUGAAACGCUAGAAGAUAAUCAGGUUCAGCUGCAAAAUAUUUUGAUGAGCAAAUAUGUUGAGUAUUUCUUGGUGGAGGUGAGCAGAUGGCAGAAGAAAUUAAUGGUUGCAGAUAUGGUUAUUUCAGUCUGGCUGCAAGUUCAGAAAACUUGGGCACACUUGCAGAGCAUUUUCUCCAACUCAGAAGAUAUUAGAAACCAACUCCCAGAAGAUGCCAAACGAUUUGAAGGAAUAGAUAUGGAUUUCAAGGAAAUGAUGGACAGCAUUGUAUAUAAUUCAAACAAAGUCAUUGAAGUAACAGACCAGACAGGACUUCUUGAAAAGCUGGAAGCCCUUCAACAAAGGCUUACAUUAUGUGAGAAAUCAUUGGCAGACUAUUUGGAAGCCAAGAGACUACGAUUCCCACGUUUUUAUUUUGUUUCUUCUGUGGAUUUAUUAGAAAUUAUCUCUAAAGGCACUCAACCUAAGCAGGUGACCAGACACUUCCUGAAACUGUUUGAUAAUAUUGCUGAUCUCCGAUUUGAAGAUGAAGAAGGGAAAGCACAGACUGCUGUUGGAAUGUUCAGUCGGGAAGGGGAGUUUGUAUCUUUCAUUAAGCCAUGUGUCUGUGAAGGGCAGGCAGAAGGGUGGUUGAGGCACUUGGAAGAAACCAUGAGAGCAACUGUCAGGCAGGAGAUCAUGGAAGCUGUGACUGGCUAUGAGGAUAAGCCUCGGGACCAGUGGAUGUUUGAUUAUUCAGCGCAGGUGGCUCUGGCAGGCAGUCAGAUCUGGUGGGUCGCCGAUGUGGAAAUUGUCUUUGAGAGACUUGAGGAAGGAUUCGAAUCAGCUCUGAAGGAUUAUAACCGUAAACAGAUCGCCCAGUUGAAUGCCCUUAUAAACAUGCUGCUUGGGGAGCACACCCCUGGCGAUCGUCAGAAGAUCAUGACAAUAUGCACAAUUGAUGUGCAUGCUCGAGAUGUGGUCGCCAAGCUGAUCGCACAGAAGGUCUCAAAUGGGCAGGCGUUUACAUGGCUUUCCCAGUUGCGCCACAGAUGGGAAGAAGAGCAAAAGGAAUGUUAUGUCAACAUCUGCGAUGCACAGUUUCAGUACUCAUAUGAAUAUCUGGGGAACACCCCUCGCCUCGUCAUUACCCCACUUACUGACAGGUGCUACAUAACUUUGACCCAGUCCCUACACUUGGCCAUGAGUGGAGCUCUUUCGGGUCCUGCUGGAACAGGAAAAACUGAAACUACCAAAGACCUAGGCCGCUCUUUGGGUAUCAUGGUGUAUGUGUUUAACUGCUCAGAACAAAUGGACUACAAGUCCAUUGGAAACAUCUACAAAGGAUUAUGCCAGACAGGCGUUUGGGGGUGCUUUGAUGAAUUCAACCGCAUUUCAGUGGAAGUACUUUCAGUAGUAGCAGUACAAGUAAAAACAAUACAAGAUGCUAUUCGCCACAAGAAAAAGAGGUUUUAUUUUCUGGGUGAAACAAUUGAGCUGAAAACUACUAUUGGGAUCUUUAUUACUCUCAAUCCAGGCUAUGCAGGUAGAGCAGAACUUCCUGAAAAUGUCAAGGCUUUGUUCCGCCCAUGUGCUAUGGUGAUCCCAGACUUUGAACUGAUAUGUGAAAUAAUGCUGGUGGCAGAGGGAUUCGUGGAUGCAAGGAUGCUCGCAAGGAAGUUCAUCAGUCUGUAUACUUUGUGUCAUCAGCUGCUUUCUAAACAGGAUCAUUAUGACUGGGGUCUCAGGGCAAUAAAGUCUGUGUUAGUAGUAGCUGGGUCCUUGAAGCGAGAAGACAGGAGCAAGCCUGAGGAUCUGGUUUUGAUGAGGGCCCUAAGGGACUUUAAUCUUCCUAAGAUAGUAACCAAUGAUGUGGCAAUAUUUCUGGGGCUCAUCAAUGACUUGUUUCCUAUGCUGGAAGUUCCAAGGAAGAGAGAUGUGAAGUUGGAACAGAUGGUUCGCCAGUCCGUUGCUGAGCUCCACCUGCAGCCAGAGGAGAACUUCAUUCUGAAGAUCACCCAGUUGGAGGAAUUACUUGCCGUGCGCCAUUCUGUUUUUGUAGUAGGAAAUGCAGGAACUGGGAAAAGCACGAUCCUGAGGACCUUACAUAGAACCUAUUCUAACAUGAAACUAAAGCCCACUUGGAAUGACAUUAACCCCAAGGCAGUAACAACUGAUGAGUUAUUUGGGUUCCUUCAUCCGUCAACGAGGGAAUGGAAAGAUGGACUGUUUUCCUUUAUUAUGAGGGAACUUUUUAUCAUACCCCAUGAUGGUCCCAAGUGGAUUGUUCUUGAUGGAGAUAUUGAUCCAAUGUGGAUUGAGUCUUUGAACACUGUCAUGGAUGACAAUAAGGUUUUGACCUUAGCCAGCAAUGAGCGAAUAUCAUUGUCUCCCUCCAUGAGGCUGCUCUUUGAAAUCAGUCAUCUCCGCGCUGCCACUCCAGCAACAGUAUCUAGAGCUGGGAUCCUUUAUGUCAACACACAAGACCUUGGCUGGAGUCCUUAUGUUACCAGCUGGAUCGAGACUCACAAAACUCAGUCUGAAAAGGCAAAUUUGACCAUAUUGUUUGACAAGUACGUUCCUUACUGCUUGGAGCAAGUGCGCUGUAAUUUAAAAACCAUAACUCCAAUCCCAGAAAACAGCAUGGUCCAGACACUCUGUUCCCUCCUUGAUUGUCUUCUGACACCUGAUAAUACACCUCCUGAUUCUCCUCGAGAAUUAUAUGAAAUUUAUUUUGUCUUUGCCUGUGUCUGGUCUUUUGGUGGCGCUCUCUUUCAGGAUCAGCUUAUUGAUUACCGCCUGGAGUUUAGUAGAUGGUGGAACAAAGAAAUGAGAACCAUCAAGUUUCCGUCACAUGGUACGGUCUUUGAUUAUUAUAUUGAUCCGGAUACAAAAAGAUUCACACCUUGGGCAGAGAAAAUUCCUGAGUUUGAUAUGGUUCCGGACAGCCCUUUACAGACGGUGCUGGUCCACACUGCAGAAACUGUAAGGGUGAGGUACUUCCUGGAUUUGCUGUUAGAGAAGGGGAAGCCAAUUAUGUUGGUUGGAAAUGCAGGAGUUGGAAAAACUGUCCUUGUCACUGACAAAGUUACUAAACUUCCAGAAGAUUACAUGGUCGCCAAGGUUCCCUUCAACUACUAUACCUCCUCUGCUAUGCUCCAACGAGUCCUGGAAAAACCGUUAGAGAAAAAAGCUGGGAGAAACUAUGCUCCUCCAGGCACAAAAAAACUCAUCUAUUUCAUAGACGAUCUAAACAUGCCGGAAGUUGAUGCUUAUAGCACUGUGCAGCCACACACAUUAAUCCGACAGCAUCUCGAUUACAGCCAUUGGUAUGACAGACAGAAACUUAUUGCAAAAGAGAUACAUAAUUGCCAGUAUAUAACUUGCAUGAAUCCCGCUGCUGGAAGCUUCUCCAUCAAUCCUCGUCUUCAGAGACAUUUCUCUGUGUUUGCAGUACAUUUCCCUGGCGCUGAUGCAUUAAGUACCAUUUACAGCAAGAUCAUUAGCACACAUUUCCAGCAUGGUGGCUUCAGUUAUAGCGUCCUCAAAGCUGUACCUACCUUAAUACAAGCGGCAAUUUGCCUUCAUCAGAAAAUGAUCCAGAAUUUUCUCCCAACUGCUAUCAGGUUUCAUUAUAUUUUCAACCUUCGAGAUUUAACACAUGUAUUUCAGGGAAUGCUUCUUGCUUCUCCAGAGUGCAUUCGACUCUCUAGUGAUCUUGUGCAGUUAUGGCUUCAUGAAUCUUCUAGAGUGUACUCUGACAAGCUCAUGGAAGAAAAAGAUAUCGAACAGUUCAAGAAAGUCCUUAUUGAUGCAUCUAAAAGAUAUUUUGAUGGCAUUGAUGAGGAUGCAUUGCUCCAAAAGCCACUAGUGUAUUGCCACUUUGCACAAGGUAUCGGGGAACCACGUUAUUUUCCAGUAUCGGAUUGGGAAAAACUGACUCGAAUUUUAACAGACGUGCUUGAGCACUACAAUGAGAUUCAUGCUGCCAUGAAUCUUGUUCUUUUUGAGGAAGCCAUUCAGCACAUCUGCCGCAUCAGCCGAAUUCUAGAGUUCCCUUAUGGCAAUGCUCUUCUUAUUGGAGUUGGAGGCAGCGGCAAGCAAAGCUUAUGCCGCCUGGCUGCUUUUCUCAGUUCACUCGAAGUUUUUCAGCUAACACUUCGGAAGGGUUAUGGCAUCAAUGAUCUCAGGAGUGAUAUUGCUACACUGUAUUUCAAAGUGGGAGUGAAGAACAUUGGAACAGUUUUCCUGCAUACAGAUGCCCAGAUACCUGAUGAACGGUUCCUUGUUCUAAUCAAUGACAUGCUGGCAUCAGGUGAAAUCCCAGAUCUCUUCAGUGAAGAGGAAGUUGAUAGCAUUGUCUCUUCUACUCGAAUGGAGCUUCGCGGUCUGGGCCUGCCGGACUCCAGAGAGAACUGCUGGCAGUUCUUUAUUGAUCGCAUCCGCCGACAGCUGAAGAUUGUCUUAUGUUUUUCACCUGUGGGUUUCACUCUAAGGGCAAGAGCAAGAAAAUUUCCAGCACUUGUGAACUGUACAGCAAUUGACUGGUUUCAUGCUUGGCCUGACAUUGCCCUGCAGUCUGUUAGCAGCAGUUUUAUCCAAAGGCUGGAGUGCCUUGAUCCCCAAGUGAAGGAUUCUAUUAGCCAGUUCAUAACAUAUGCACAUAAAAGUGUUAAUGAAGUGAGUGUAAAAUACCAGCAGAAUGAAAAGCAUUACAACUACACGACCCCCAAAAGCUUCCUGGAACUUAUUAAAUUAUACUGGAACCUUCUUGGGAAAAAAAGGAAUGAGUUAGUCCAGAAAAUGGAGAGACUGGAAAAUGGUUUACAAAAGCUUCAAACAACUGCACUCCAGGUGGAGGAUCUGAAGUCGAAACUUGCCAUUCAAGAAGUAGAACUUCAUCAGAAAAACAGGGACAUGGAGGCACUAAUUGCUAAAGUAGGGCAACAAACAGAGAAAUUGAAUCAAGAGAAAACUGUGGCCGAUGCAGAAGAGCGUAAAAUUGCGGCUAUCAAGGCAGAGAUAACCAAACAACAACAGGAGUCUGCAGAUGACCUUGCCAAAGCAGAGCCUGCACUGCAAGCAGCCAACGCAGCCUUAAACACACUAAACAGGCUGAAUAUGACAGAGUUAAGAGCAUUCCCCAAUCCCCCAAUCGCUGUGACCAAUGUGACUGCUGCUGUCCUUGUCUUGUUGUCUCCAAAUGGCAAGAUUCCCCGAGACAGAGGUUGGAAAGCUGCAAAGGUGUUAAUGAGCAAGGUGGACGAAUUUCUUCAAAAUCUUGUCACUUUUGAAAAAGAACGUAUUCCAGACACAGUAGUCAAGGCCAUAAAAGAUGAAUACUUGAGCGAUCCAGAGUUUAACCCAGAAUUAGUCCGCACAAAAUCCUCAGCGGCUGCAGGGCUCUGUGCUUGGGUGAUUAAUAUUAUACGAUUCCAUGAGGUAUAUUGUGAGGUCGAUAUUAAACGGCAGGCUCUGUCCCAAGCCAACGUAGACCUUGUUAUUGCAGCCGAAAAACUGGAAAUUAUUCAAAAAAAGUUGGAAGAACUGGACACAAACCUGGCUGCUUUAACAACUGAUUUCGAAAGAGCCACGGCUGAGAAAAUCCGCUGUCAAGAAGAAGUGAAUAGAACUAACAAGACUAUUGAGCUGGCUAACAGAUUAGUGAAAGGUCUAGAGUCAGAAAAUGUGAGAUGGGCUCAGUCUGUGGCUAUUUACCACGAACAAGAGCAUACCCUGUGCGGGGAUGUCCUACUUACCGCAUCCUUCAUUUCAUAUGCUGGCUCCUUCUCCAAAAAGUAUCGGUAUGAACUGGUUGAACAUUUGUGGAUGCCAUUUCUGAGAUGUCAAAAGUAUCCAAUCCCAAUGACAGAAGGGCUUGAUCCUAUAUCCAUGUUAACUGAUGACGCAACUAUUGCAAAAUGGAAUAACGAGGGAUUGCCUAGUGAUUCAAUGUCCAUACAAAAUGGCACAAUACUUACAAACUGUGAGCGAUGGCCUUUGAUGAUUGACCCUCAACUUCAAGGAAUCAAGUGGCUUAAAAGUAGAUAUGGUUCCAGAUUAAAGGUCAUUCAUUUGAGCCAAAAAGGGUACGUUGAUGAAAUAGAGCAGGCAGUUGUUGCUGGAGACCCAGUUUUGAUUGAAAAUUUAGAAGAAACCAUUGAUCCAGUUCUUGAUGCUUUGCUUGGGAGGCACACACUUAAGAAGGGAAGAUUUAUCAGAAUUGGGGAUAAGGAGUGUAAAUUUCAUCCUAAAUUCAGACUUAUACUUCAUACAAAGCUUGCAAAUCCACAUUACAAACCUGAAAUACAAGCACAAACAACUUUAAUCAAUUUUACUGUAACACGGGAUGGUUUAGAGGAUCAACUUCUAGCUGACGUUGUCAACCUAGAAAGGCCAGAUUUGGAACAGUUCAAGUCUGAGCUCACAAAGCAGCAGAACUAUUUUAAAAUUGAAUUGAAAAUGCUGGAGGAUGAAUUACUGACACGCCUAUCAGCUGCGGAAAGCAAUUUCCUGGGGGACACGUUGCUAGUCGAGAAACUGGAAACCACCAAACACACUGCGGCAGAAAUAGAAAUGAAGGUGUUGGAAGCCAAGGUCAACGAAGUCAAGAUCAAUGAAGCUCGAGAGCAUUAUCGGCCUGUAGCCGCAAGAGCUUCCUUACUCUACUUCAUCAUGAAUGAUCUAAAAAAGAUCAGCCCUAUGUACCAGUUUUCACUUAAGGCCUUUAAUAUUGUGUUUCACAAGUCUGUGCGGCAAGCGGAGUCAUCUGAUGAUGUCCAAACGAGAGUUAAUAACCUCAUUGACUGUGUGACAUAUUCAACUUUCAUAUAUAUCAGCAGAGGUCUGUUUGAAAGAGAUAAGGUGACCUUCACAUCCCAGCUAGCUUUUCAGCUUUUAUUAAUGAAUAAAGAAAUAUCUGCUCAAGAACUUGAUUUCCUGCUUCGGUUUAAUGUUGACCACAGCUACAACAGCCCCUUGGAGUUUCUAUCCAAUUCUGCUUGGAGCGCGAUUAAGACUAUGAGUUUUAUGGAUGAAUUCCGAGGCCUGGACAGAGAUAUUGAGGGAUCUCCAAAACGCUGGAAAAAAGUUGUUGAAUCAGAAUGUCCAGAGAGAGAGAGAUUACCACAAGAAUGGAAAGCGAAAAGCUCUCUGCAGAAGAUGAUAAUGAUGCGUGCGAUUCGACCAGACCGAAUGACGUAUGCAGUCAGAAACUUUGUUGGCGAAAAACUUGGAACCAAAUACGUGGAGACACGCAAGACAGAAUUUUCCAAGUCAUUUCAGGAGAGUGGUCCUGGUACAGUCAUCUUUUUCAUCCUCUCCCCUGGAGUGGAUCCACUAAAAGAUGUUGAGUCACUAGGGGAUAGACUUGGAUUUACCAUUGAGUCAGGAAAACUUCACAAUAUCUCUUUGGGUCAAGGGCAGGAAGUUAUAGCAGAAAUAGCUAUGGAGAAGGCAUCAAAAGAAGGUCACUGGGUUAUACUUCAAAAUAUUCACCUUGUAGCCAAGUGGCUAAGCACUCUGGAGAAACUACUGGAAAAGUAUAGCGAGGAAAGCCAUUCAGACUACCGCGUGUUCAUGAGUGCAGAACCUGCCCCUACACAUAAGGAACAUAUUAUCCCACAAGGGAUCUUAGAAAAUGCUAUUAAAAUUACCAACGAACCCCCAACUGGAAUGCUGGCUAAUCUGCACUCUGCUCUGGAUAACUUUGAUCAGAACAUACUUGAUCAAUGCACCCGAGAGCAGGAGUUUAAGAGCAUUUUGUUUUCUCUAUGUUAUUUCCAUGCUUGUGUUGCUGAGCGCCGAAAGUUUGGACCCCAAGGGUGGAACAGGAAAUACCCCUUUAGCAUUGGUGAUCUCACAAUAUCUGUCAGUAUUCUGUACAACUAUUUGGAGGCAAAUGCCCAGGUGCCUUGGGAAGAUCUGCGUUACUUGUUUGGAGAGAUAAUGUAUGGUGGUCAUAUAACAGACGACUGGGACAGGAGACUGUGCUGUACGUACUUGGAAGAAUACAUGCAACCAAAUCAGUUUGAUAGGAAGCUUGCCUUGGCUCCUGGAUUUGUUGUACCUUCUAAUCUAGAUUAUCAAGGUUACCACACAUACAUUGAUGAGAUGUUGCCUCCAGAGAGUCCUAUCCAUUACGGCCUUCACCCAAAUGCAGAAAUUGAAUUCUUAACAGUGACUUCGGAUAACCUUUUCCGUAUACUGCUGGAAUUGCAGUCUCGGGAUUCUAUCAUCGGCGAAGGAGCAGCACAGACAGAAGAGGAGAAGGUCAAAACCCUUUUGGAUGAUAUUUUAGAGAAACUGCCAGAGGGAUAUAAUAUGUCAGAUAUAACAUCAAAAACAGCUGAUCGCUCACCAUACAUUCUUGUCUGUUUCCAAGAAUGUGAGAGAAUGAACACUCUGUUACAUGAAAUUAGACGGUCUCUAAAGGAGCUUGAUCUUGGUCUUAAGGGUGAGUUGGCAAUCUCCUCGGAAAUGGAACAACUGCAGUCAGCCCUUUUUUUCGAUAAUGUCCCCGACACUUGGACGAAACUGGCGUAUCCUUCAACGUACAGCCUUGCUCAGUGGUACAAUGAUCUUCUACUUCGAUGCCGGGAGCUUGACACAUGGACCCAAGAUCUUUCUCUCCCAAGUGUAGUGUGGAUAUCAGGAUUUUUCAACCCCCAGUCCUUUCUCACAGCUGUCAUGCAAAGUUUAGCUCGAAAAAAUGAAUGGCCUCUAGAUAAGAUGCAUCUUACUGUUGACGUUAUGAAAAAAUAUAAGGAGGAGUUUUCUCAGCCUGCUCGGGAAGGAGCCUACAUCUAUGGUCUUUACCUGGAAGGUGCAAGAUGGGAUGUACAAAAUGGUCAUAUCGCAGAAGCACGGCUUAAAGCUCCCACUCCAAUUAUGCCUGUCAUAUUUGUAAGAGCUAUUCCCAAUGACAGACAAGAAACACGAAACAUAUAUGAAUGUCCUGUAUACAAGACUAAAUUAAGAGGGUCUACAUAUGUGUGGUCUUUUCACUUAAAGACCAAGGAGAAACCAUCUAAAUGGAUCCUUGCAGGUGUUGCUUUGCUUUUAAGUGUGUGAAAAUGAUACUGCUCAAACCCCAAAUUUUUGUAUUGGAAAUAAAAAUGCAUUGAAUGUCUGCUGGAGCAUUUGUAAGUGCCUCCAUGAACUUACUCUU